UGCAGCCUCAUGACACAUCGCAGACACUGGAGGGACGACCACGUGAAGAGCGGCUAACAAUAGCCGAUUGUGCUCUUACGGGUUCUGCGCUGGGUUUGCUAAACUGAUUGGAUUGGACUCCUUCACAUCUUCCCUCGAAUGAUUUAACAAUACAAGAACAGAACUUUCUUUCGGACCUUCAUGUCCUGAUCGUUUCCUGCAGCCUGACCCACCGAGUCCAAGCAUCGCCAUGGAGCGCGUCCAGCACAUCACCAAGUCGGCCAUCCGCCGCGCGUCCCAAAUCGAGGUGACUCCGCAGGCCAAGAGGAACCUGCAGGAGCUCUUCGUCAACUUCACCCUCAUCCUCAUCUGUCUGCUCCUCAUCUACAUCAUCGUCCUGCUGAGCAGCUGAGGCUGCACCGAGGACCGGACUUCACUGAUGCACUCUAAGCGUGACUGCAUGUUUUCCCACCGCCGCUCCUCGUUCAUCUAAUACCGAGCGAGCUGUGCAUUUAAAGUCGCAAACUAUUGCACAUUUACAGUAAAAAAAAACAACAUGUCACAUUUACUGCACAAAAUGUGUGAGACUCACAGCUUGCACUCCCCCAUGUUGGACGGACAUCCCACUCCCAGUUGCAUCCUGGGAACAAAAGAUGAACAGCUUUGUAAACUCUUAAUAGCUCAAAAAGGUGAGAUGUUUUAAGUUGAGCUUUAAAAAGAAAGUGCAGACAGAAUAUAUUGUAGAAUGGAGCAUAUUGCAACAUGUUGUUAAAAGACAGGAGGGUGACCAUGUCAAUACCGUCAUAAUUAUGUCGAAAAAGUGUCUUCAAAGGUCGACGUUAGAGACCCAAAUAUGACUGUUUAGGUCCAGAGGUAUUUCUUGUAUUGGCCUGCGGAACAUUCAAAAAAAUAGAGCUAAAAAACAACAAAAAGAACCAGAAAAAGUUACAAUGUUGAUGCUAAUACCACAAAACUGGCAUGCAGGCUGUUUUAUUUCAUUGAAAUAAACAAAUAGCCAUCCCUAAUUUAUCACUGUUAAUUGGUUCUGAACAUAAUUUAAUUACUGCAAAGUAGGAAACAUGAAUUAUAAAUCAAAUAUUUUCAUAGGUAGGGCAUAGAAAAGGUUUACUACCUUCUAAAUAAUUUUUUCAAUAUUAUGAGAUCCCUAUAAAGAGGAAAUGACACCCUUAUUGUUGCCUUUAUAUAUUUUAAUCCAACAUAGUAAUAAAGCCUGAGGCUUAGCCAAUCAGUGGCCACAAUACUGAACAGUGUGAUCUGGUUGGUGUCCUCCAGUGGCCAAUACUCCUGUAUAUUGAUAUCAUUCGUUAUUUUAGCCAUUUUAAGCAUGAAAAUGCUCAACUUUGGGCAAAAAUAUUGUAGAAUAAGCUUUAAAACUACCCAAAAAUCCAUGCAGUAUUACUAUUGAUAUUUUGAAGCACGAUGUGGCGAGGGACGACUGUACUAAAAAAUGUAACAAGAAAAAGUUACAAUUUCGGCGUUUAUAACAACACAUUUUUUCAUUAAAAAAAAAAAAUUAUAAACAGUAUUUUGUUGGUUUUGAAAAUGUAAAAUAUGGCCCCUGCAUCCUUUAAGUUUUCAGCAAAAGAACAACUCUGGUUUUUAGUUACACAGCACUACAACAUAAAACAGUGACCUCCUGUUUAGUGCAAAUUAAGCUUUAAAUAAAAGCAUGGCAGACAUAUCCUCGACUUUACUGAUUGAAUAAUGUAUCUUUUUCGGUUGCGCGUGUACGAAUUAUUUAAUGUCAUUGCGGCAAGAGAUACAAACGUGAUUAGCACAGCAGCUUUGUUGGAUGCGAGUACAAGAUAUCGUGCAAACCGAAGAAUCCCCAAAAGAUCCCAGCAGGCACAAGACAUUAAACCAGGGGUGUCAAACUCAUUUUAGAUCGGGGGGGCCUUAAAAAUACGAUAACUUAAAAAUAAAGACAACUUCAGAUUGUUUUCUUUGUUUAAAAAUGGAACAAGCAUAUUCUGAAAAUGUACAAAUAAUAAUGUUGUUGUUGUUUUUUUACACUUAAAUGUUCCGGUUAAUAGUAUUCCACCUUUGUCGUUAUUUAUACUUUCUAAAUAAAUGAUGUGAUAAUGUUCAUCAGUCAACUCAUUGGUGUUCAUUUUCAAUCUAUCAAGAUAAAAAAGUGAUAUCAAUAUCAAAUUAUAGGAUAUUAUUUAUGUAGUUUGCUCACUUUCCUCGACUGGUGCACUGACAUCAUGUGGUUUAUUUUAUUUUUUUUUUAAAUAUGUAGCAUCAUCUACAAAGAUACAAAGAAUUGCUAUUGCGACAUCUAGUGGACACAUUUAGAACAGCAGUUUCUUUCAUUCAAAAAUGUCCGCUCAUUUUUAUACUUAGCAAACUCAUCGGAUACGUUUGACACCCCUGCAUUAAAACAACGUUGAGAACUUGUUGAAUUAGGUCCUGACGUUGAGCAACUCAAACAUAAUGUUGAAACAACAUGCUUUUUUGAUGACGUUUAAUCAACGUCGGGUUCUGACGUUGAAAUGUAGUCAUUUUCCCAACCAAUAUUCUACAACACAAAUAUAACGUUGAAACAACAUGCUUUUUGACGACAUUUAUUUGACCAUUGAAAUUUGGUCAUUUCCCAGCCAACUAUGUGGAUCCAACGCUGGACAUCAACGUUGUCUCAAUUUACAAAUAUUUUGCAACGAUAUUUCAUAGUCAGUUUUAGAGGACGUGUACGUAUAAUCAACGUUGUAUCGAUGUCUUGUGCCUGAUGGGAAUACCGUACGCACAAAUAAGGGCAGCAAGCAUUUUUUGGGCCUAUUUUUCUUACGUCUUUGGCCUAAAGCAGGGGUGUCCAAACUUUUUCCACUGAGGGUCGCACACGGAAAAAUUAAAGCCUGCGGGGGCCAUUUUGAUAGUUUUCAUUUUCAAAUCAUAACAAAAUGUAUGGAUUUUGGUUUUUUUUUACCUUUAGGGCUCCCGGAGACCAUAAAGGGUCUAAGUCAUUAAAAUGUUAAAAACAAGUCAAAUUAUUUUGUUAUUUAACGCUUACAGUACAUCUCUACAGUAUAUCAACUUUAGGUUGAUAUAAAAUUUAAAAAACCAAAAAGGUUUUAUGCCUUUUCUGUCAAGACAACUUUGUUUUUUUAUAAUAAAACUGAAAUAUGCAGUAUUUCCCCCACUGCCCAAAACAUUCAGAAAGCAAUGUUUGAUGUGAAGUAAUUAGAGCCUUAAAAACAUCAAUAAUGCAGGACACCAUUGAUAUUAAUUCAUUGUUAUUUUUGAGUAAUCACAGUGAAAAGAUAAAUAAAAUCCCAUUAAAUAUAUUUGGGAUCCAAAAGGUGCCCCACUCAAAGUGAUACAUUUUUAUUACUUUUUUUUUUGCUUUCAACACUUAAGUUGCGAGAUCAACUUCAGAUAUAUCUGUCAAUUUUACGUUUGAACUAUUAUUUUGUUUGUUUUAUGCUCUUUUGUCAAAGAAAACGUUGAUGUUUUUGCAUGGCAACCACACAAUAUAUGCAAUAUUUGGAGCCUUGAAUAGGUCAAUAAUUCAUUAUAACAUUGUUGUUUUUUUUAGCAAUGGCAAAAAAAGAAAAAUAAAGAUAGACAAAAGAAGUAAAAAAAACAGCUAGCAUGGCAGCUUUGUGUCAACAUUGCAACUUUUUCUAGUUAGAUUUCACCUCAUUCUACUUUUUUUUAAUGUUUUUAUUUUAUUUUUGCAAUAGCAUUUCCAGAAUGUGUGGCGGGCCGGUAAACAAUUAGCUGCGGCCCGCAAAUGACCCCCAGGCCGCACUUAGGACACCCCUGGCCUAAAGUCACAAGUAAAAAACAUGCACGUGACAGCUAGUUUUGGUUAUGUCAACAGUUUUAUUUCUGUUGUUAAUUAAGUUUAUUUCAUGUUAUUUUGUUGUAUAUGAACUGUUUCAGUACCACUUCACACCGUGUCUUCACUUGAAAGGCUUUCCUGAAUGUUCUAUUUCCCUGUUUGAACAAUAAACCACGUCCA